GAGACCCUUCCCUCCACUAUCCUCCUCAGUCCUCUCUUGAACUUUUGAACUUCCCCCAAAACAACCCAAAACGGGGGAGUACUACACUAGUACUAGUACUAUAUUACACGAAUAUUCACAUUACUCAUUAGUUUCACUCUUCACAUCUUCCAUUUUUAUUUCCAUUUCUUUUCUUCUUUCACCUCAUUUUUCUGCUCAAAACCCUAAGAAAAACCCUCGUCCUCGCGUAUUUUUUCUCCAGCAUGACACAGGGACAGUUUCUGGAACCAGAUCAAUUGCAACUUUCACCUCCUUCAGCUCUUCCCCCCUUGGUGAACUCUGAUGGGAUGGAAACUUUAGAGCACCAGAUCAUGUGCAGACCAGGUUUUGGGAGCAGUGGCCGUAGCAUAUCUGUGCUUGUGAACCAUUUGAAAGUUUCUAUUAAUUUGCCAGAUGAGACAUUUUAUCAGUAUACUGUAAAGAUAACCUCUGAAGAUGGCAGACUAAUUGAAAGCAAGUCGAUCCGGGUAAAGAUUAUUGAUAAGCUGUUCCAGACAAACUCGUUUGAACUAGAUGCAAAAAGAUUUGCAUUUGAUGGAAAAGAUAAUCUGUAUACUGUUGGUCCUCUUCCUCAGAAAAUUUCCUACUUUACUUUAACAUAUGAAGAGUCAAUUGGACUGAGUGCUGGCAAACCUGGUGAAUCGACAAAGAAAUCUAAACUUUCCUUUGCACUAAGCCUUUUCAAAGUGGAGCUCAACUAUUGUUGUGAAGUUCCUCUGCGACCAAUUGCUUUGAUUUCUGAAGGAAACAACAUAUGUGAAGGUCGGGAUGCAUUAAGGAUACUCAACACCAUUUUGAGGCAGCGGGCUGUCAAUAAGGGAUGCCUCUUGGUUAGACAGUCAUUCUUUCAGGAUGACUGCAGAAACUUUUUUGAGGUUGAUGGAGGUAUUAUCGGAUUGCGUGGAUUGGAUUCCAGUUUUCACAUGACAAGAGCAGGAUUGUCCCUAAAUUUAGAUGUUGCUAUGACACUAGUUCUGAAACCUGGACCUGUACUUGAUUUUUUACUGGCUAACCAAAAUGUGAAGGAGGCUCGCUAUAUCGACUGGGUAAAGGCUAAAAGAAUGUUGAAAAACUUGAGAAUUAAGACAAGCCAUACUAACAGAGUGUAUAAAAUUAUAGGCUUGAGUGAUAGGCCUUGCUACCAGCAAAGUUUUCCUCUCAAAGUAAAAAAGGACAAUGGUUCCAGUGAAGAGCAAUUCCAGGAGACUACUGUGUUCGAAUAUUUCUUGAAACAUUGCGGUGUGGUGCUAACUUAUUCGAAAUACAUGCCUUGCCUUGAUGUUGGCAAGCCCAAUCGACCAAUCUAUAUACCAAUUGAGAUCUGUUCACUGAUCUCACUUCAACGCUAUAAAAGAUUGUUGUCUCCAGCACAGCAAGUAGUGUUGUUAGAAAAAACCAAGCAAAAGCCCCAUGAACGAAUGAAAGCUCUGACAGAUGCUGUGAAGAAGAACCAGUAUGAAAAUGACCCAUUGCUGCUUGCUUGUGGCGUUUCUGUUGAGAAGCAGUUUAUGCAGAUUGCUGGCCGUGUCCUUGAACCACCCAAGCUAAAGGUUGGCAGAGGUCAAGAUUGCCUGCCUGACGAUGGACGGUGGACCUUUAAGAAUAAGCAAUUUAGGGAGGCUGUUGAUAUUAAGUGCUGGGCUAUUGUCAACUUCUCUUGCAGUUGUGAUACAAGCUACCUUUCUCGUGAACUCAUUAGUUGUGGACGGAGCAAGGGGAUGGAUAUCGAACGACCAUAUGCGUUGAUUGAAGAGAAUCAGCAGAUGAGGAAAGCCAGUCCUUUGGCAAGAGUUGAUGCAAUGUUUGAGAAGUUACAAGACAAGCUCCCAGAUCAACCAGAAUUCAUAUUGUGUGUGUUACCAGAACGUAGAAGUUCUGAUUUAUAUGGACCUUGGAAAAUGAAAAGUUUGAGCAACUUUGGUGUUGUAACCCAAUGCCUUUGCCCUGUGAAAAUAACUGAACGCUAUCUCACAAAUGUGCUUCUUAAAAUUAAUGCUAAGCUUGGAGGCAUAAAUUCUUUAUUGGCAAUAGAGGAGCCCUGUAAUAUUCCCCACGUGAAGGAUCUUCCAACCAUGAUCCUUGGGAUGGAUGUCUCUCAUGGUUCACCUGGUGUUUCUGAUCUUCCUUCAAUUGCUGCGGUUGUUGGCUCUGUAUCUUGGCCACUCAUAUCAAGAUACAGAGCAGUUGUAAGAACUCAAUCUCCAAAAGCUGAGAUAAUAAAUUCGCUGUUUAAACCACAAGAAAAUGGAGAGGAUACCGGUAUCAUGAGGGAGCUGCUAAAGGACUUUUAUGUUACAAGUGAGGGCAGAAAACCUAAGCAGAUCAUAGUUUUUAGGGAUGGAGUAAGUGAUUCACAAUUCAGUCAGGUCCUCGGCAUUGAGCUGGAGCAGAUAAAGCAGGCUUAUCUGAGUCUUGGAGAAGCAGAACUCCCAAAGUUCACAGUAAUUGUUGCACAGAAGAGACAUCAUACUCGACUGUUCGAAGUUGGGGCUACUGGCAAUGUUCCACCUGGGACAGUUGUGGACACUGAAGUUGUGCAUCCAAAGAAUUAUGAUUUCUACAUGUGCGCUCAUGGGGGGAUGAUGGUUACAUUGCGGCCUGUUCACUAUCAUGUCCUGCUUGAUGAGAUCGGCUUCUCACCAGACGAGCUUCAAAAUUUCAUUCAUGCUUUAUCCUAUGUGUACCAAAGGAGCACUCAUGCCACCUCAGUAGCGGCACCUAUCUCUUAUGCCCACCAUGCUGCCCGACAAGUAGGCCAGUUUGUCAAAUUUACCGAGCCUCUCGAGAAUGGUUCUGAGAACAAUGGCUUCACGUCCUCAGGAAGUAUUUCUGUCCCGGAGCUGCCUGCUUUGCAUGAUAACGUCAAGGAUACCAUGUUUUUCUGCUGAACUGGUUAGAGUCUUCCUUUAAGUUCAAGGCAGACGUGUAUAUCCAAUUAGUGUAUAUAUAUGCAUGUGCACAGGCGUUGCGUGACCUUAUUAAGGUUUUUUUCGACAAUGCUGGUGUUUGUUAUGUAAAGUUAGAGGUUAAUUUACGUUCACCUUGUACAAAUGGGCUAGAAAAAAUUUUGCAUGUAAUUUCUGAUAGUCUGCUGUGGCUUGUGGGUGGAAACUUUUGCCUUCCAGACUUGCGAAAGCUUGUAGGUGUGAUCAUCUAGUCGAAUGCAUAUGCGCGCUUGAGCUACUCAAAUUAGAAAUGAAUGACCAUUUUGCUCUUGGAAGUACAGGCUCUAAUGUUAUUUAAGUAGAUAGAGCAACACUGAUCAAUCAAAUCUCCCCCUCGCGCUUAAUUUUUGUUGUUAGUGCUAAGUUAUUGCUUAAUAUUUCCUUUUUUAUGUUCUUAUAUGCAGUUUUAAGGACAACAUGUAUCAUUUUCCUUGUAAUAAUAGAAAAAAACGUUGAUGAUUUUGAAGUA